AUGGGUUGGUUAGUGAGAGAAAGAAGGGGUGCAAGCUGGAAGGAUCAAACCCUAGACUCACUAUCUGCACCUCCACUGCCAUUGCUGGUGUUCUUUGGGCUGUUCAUAAUGUUGAUGUCUUUAGCGACUUAUUCGGAGUUCAAGGAGAGGGUGGAGAGGAGCAAGAUGGGGUUUAGGCUCGGUCUGCUGCUGCUGCCGCUGGUGGGGGUUCUGGUGGUGAACAUAAUGAUUAUCCACCGCAGGUGGUGGCGCUACGCCUUCGGAGUGCGGCGAUCUGUGUACGAGGCGGUGGCGAACGACGGAAGUUCGGUGGUGGGGUUGGUGGUGGUGUUGGCACUGCUGCUUGUCAUGGUUUAUUAUCAAUCCUCGUUUCAGUCUGCUUGGUUUAGACCCAUAUAG